GUUGGUGGGAAGGGGUGGAUUUUGUGCUAUGGUGAGGUGUCCACCGUCCACCUACUCUCACUUUUGCCCAGAUACUGAAGGACCGUUCGCCCGGCGUGGGGACGAGGGAUAGCCUCCGAAAAGGAGGACAGAGGAGGUGGGGGCGCCUAGGCUUGAGGGGCCGGGCGCUUCCUGUACGCUUACUCGUGUGGUCUGAGGUUGCCCUCAGCAACCGACACCUUCCGUCACCAUGGUGAAGCUGGCCAACCCGUUGUACACCAGCUGGAUCCUUGAGGCCAUCAAGAAGGUGAAGAAGCAAAAACAGCGGCCGUCCGAGGAGCGGAUCUGCAAUGCGGUGUCCAUGUCCCAUGGCUUGGACCGCAAGACGGUUCUGGAGCAGCUGGAACUCAGUGUCAAGGAUGGCUCCAUCCUGAAAGUUUCCAACAAGGGGCUCAACUCGUACAAGGACCCCGAUAACCCCGGCCGCUUGGCCUUCCCUAAACCCAGAGGUGGUGGAUCGUCCAGCGGUGGAGGAUCUGGAGGCUCUAGCUCGAGUUCCUCUAAGAAACCGGGUCUGGACUGGAACAAGCUUAUCAAGCGAGCUUUGGAGGGACUCCACGAGCCCGGCGGUUCUUCUCUGAAGAGCGUGGAGCGGUUUUUAAAAUGCCAGGCUGACGUAGCUGGGUACCUUUCGGGCAGCGGUGCCUUGGCUCCUGGGCUCUUCCACCAGCAGCUGAGGUUGGCGAUGAAACGGGCAGUGGCCCACGGACGAGUCGCCAAACACGGGCCGCUUUUCCAGCUGAUCAGCCGAAGCUCCCACAGCAACGAUGGAACUGGCCAUGUUUCGCUGGAGUCGUUACCCCCGGUCAGACUCCUGCCACAUGAGAAGGACAGGCCCGUGGCGGAGCCCAUUCCCAUUUGUAGCUUCUGUCUGGGGACCAAGGAGCAGAAUCGCGACAAGAAGCCAGAGGAGCUCAUCUCCUGCGCUGACUGUGGCAACAGCGGACACCCGUCCUGUUUGAAAUUUUCUCCAGAACUCACAGCCCGAGUGAAAGCUCUUUGGUGGCAAUGCAUCGAGUGUAAAACCUGCAGCAACUGCCAAGACCAGGGCAAAAACGCGGAAAAUAUGUUGUUCUGCGACUCCUGUGACCGGGGUUUUCACAUGGAGUGCUGUGACCCUCCUCUUAUGCGGAUGCCCAAAGGCAUGUGGAUCUGUCAGAUCUGUCGACCAGGGAAAAAGGGAAGAAGACUCCUGCACGAGAAAGCGGCACAAAUCAAACGGCGUUACAACGCGCCGUUGGGACGACCUAAGAACAGGUCGAAGCGUCCCUUCAAGAACCUGCGUGGGCCCGGUCGCGGCCCCGGUCGUGGCCGCAGGCGGGGUCGACCGGCGGCCGUCGACCGUCACUCACAAGGCUCCUACUCCCCGCACUCGUCCUCCAGCUCGUCCUGCGAGGGUUACCCCGGAGACAACCGCCUGCUCUUCUCCCUCCGCGAGGAAGACUCCGGUCAGGGCAGCAUGCGCUUCAACAAGAAAACAAAGGGCCUGAUCGAUGCACUCACCAAAUUCUUCACGCCGUCCCCAGACGGACGCAAAGCCCGCGCAGAGGUUGUCGAUUAUUCGCAGCAAUACCGCAUUCGCAAGAAGAACAGCCGCAAGGGUGACCAAGACGACAGGACAGGAGACAAUCAGGAGGGCAUUGAAGACUGGAGAGAAGAGGAGGACAGGCUGCCUGGCCAUGAGAACCUGACUGAGAAGGACGUGGAACUGUUCAGGCACAUCCAGGAACUGGCACUACAGAAAGUGGGGGUGACGGGACCCCCAGACCCUCAAAUGCGUUGUCCGUCUGUCAUUGAGUUUGGGAAAUACGAAAUUCAAACGUGGUAUUCUUCCCCAUACCCACAGGAAUACAGCAGGCUUCCGAAGCUGUACCUGUGUGAGUUCUGUCUACGCUACAUGAAAAGCCGUAGUAUCCUGUUUCAGCAUAUGCGGAAGUGUAAUUGGUUCCACCCACCAGCCAAUGAAAUUUAUAGGAAAGAUGACGUGUCUGUGUUUGAGGUGGAUGGAAACGUCAGCACGAUAUACUGUCAGAACCUGUGCUUGUUAGCGAAGCUCUUCCUGGAUCAUAAGACGCUAUACUAUGAUGUGGAGCCCUUCCUGUUCUAUGUGCUCACCCAGAAUGACGGCAAAGGCUGCCACCUCGUUGGUUAUUUCUCCAAGGAGAAACACUGUCAACAAAAGUACAAUGUGUCCUGCAUCAUGAUCCUCCCACAGUACCAGCGUAAGGGCUACGGGCGCUUCCUUAUCGACUUCAGUUACCUGCUGUCGAAGCGUGAAGGCCAGCCAGGAAGCCCAGAAAAGCCGUUGUCAGACUUAGGCCGGCUAUCCUACAUGGCGUACUGGCGGAGCGUAGUCUUGGAGUGUCUUCAUGAGGUCCGGGACCGCCAGCUCACCAUCCGCAGACUCAGCAAAAUUACGGGCAUUUGCCCCCAGGACAUUACUGCGACCCUUCAGCACUUAAACAUGCUGGAACAACGUGGGGAUAGGUUGGUUUUGGUACGGCGAGAGAAGCUUGUAGCAACUCACAUGGCAAAACUCCGGGCCAGGCCUCGACAACUGGAGGUCGACCCAGACUGCCUGCGCUGGACGCCUGUCAUCGUCACCAACACUGUGGUGUCUGAUGGAGAGGGGGAUGAAGAAGAAGAGGAGGAGGAGGAAGACGAGGAGGAGAGAGAGGAAAACCAUAAAGAUGUCAAACCCAGCCACAGGAGUUCUCCGCUGCCAUGGCAUGUACGAGAGAGGGAUGAUCAUGAAGAGAGAAAAUGCUUCCCAUCUUUCCCAAACAGCCAGGACUCCCCAGCUUCCUCCCCUUUGCGGACCGGCUUGCCCAGUCCAAACCGCCCGAUCCCUCCUGCUAAUGGAGAGCGCCGGGGCCGUGGACGGCCGCCCAAAAACUGGGUGGCCGUCCACUGGGUCAAAGUCAAAGAUGGUCCUCGUCAAGAGCCAGGUCGGCCUAGAAAAAUGCGCCAUGAUGAGGAUGAAGAGGAUGAAGACAACCCGGAAAACCAGAAAACUACUGACAUCUCUUCCCCUCCUGGGCUCUUUGCCCGUGAUAACGAGCCCAAUUCUGCUGCCGCCCGACCCCUGGAUAUGUCUCGGCUCCCUUCAGUUCCACCCCCACGCAGCAGAGGGCGUCCUCCUCGGAAAAAGCGAGGCCCUAAACGUAGACCGAGUGAAGGGUCUGGGGAAGCCCUGCCUUCAUUGGCCCCUGCACCGAGACUGAGUGAGCCGCCACCUAUGAGACGACCUUGUUUCAGUGAGAGUAGUGAGGAUGAGGAGGAGGAGGAUGAAGAUCUCAGGGCUCGCUCCCCACCUGUCCUCACCAAACCCACUCUGGGACUGAAAUCAUUGUCUAAGAAGCCAUUGCGUAAACGGCGUGUGCGGCAGCGCAGCAACCCCUACAGCAGCGUGGUAACCGAGACCAUCUCUGAGACCACAGAGGUUUUAGACGAACCAUUUGUGGAUUCAGACUCAGAGAGGCCUAUGCCCAGGUUGGAGGAGGAGACCCCACUGUCCAGCCCUCUCAGACGCUAUCCCCCAGCUCGUAAACACAUGGACCCUGUCCCCAAGAGGGGUCGCCAUGACAACCUUACUGAGUCAGAGGAUGAUGACCCUACUCCUGUGCUAAAGCCCAUGACUGGCCUGAGGACUCCUGAGCCAACAGAAAGCUCUGAAAGAGUGGAGACCCCAGCAGAGACCCCUGAGGUCCCUGUGAAGAAGAAGAAAGGCUGGCCCAAGGGCAAGAGCCGUAAGCCCCUGCACUGGAAGAAACGCCCAGGCAGGAAGCCAGGCAGUGGGGCAAACCAGAGCAGUGGAAGUCUGGCUACCCCAUCCUCGGAAGAUCCGCCACCCCCAAAGAUCAAGAUGAAACCUGGCCGAAAGCCCCGCAGCUACUACUUGCAACGGGCUCAGGAAGAGGCAGCUCGGCUAGAGGAGCUGGAACGGAACCGGUUAACUCCACAACAGCUAGACAAGCCGACGCUGGAGGAGCGGGCUUGCAAGAGAACCGCGAGGUCCUUAACUUCAGCCAACUUGGAUGAUGAAAAGCGCAAAGACUCAGAUGAGGAGAAUAGUUUCCUCCAGAAGAUCCGAGAGCAGCCUAAGCCCAAAAGACGAGGUCGACCACCGAAAAAUGCUUCCCUUCCUCCGCCACCAGUCCCCAAACCUCCACCAGUGUCUGAACCCGAAGAAGAAGAAGAGGAUGAAGACAGGUCAUGGACGGAGGAAAAGACUAAUCGUCCUCCGUCUCAUGCUAUGACCCAGUCUAGUGGUUCCAGAGCUCCUCAGUCACGACCUGAUACAGACGUGGCAGACAGAGAGGAGGAAGAAGAGGAGCGUGACGAUGAUGAGUGCAGCAGUCGGAGAACAGCGGCCAUGCCAGGGUCAGGGAGCCGACGAAGCGAUGAUCACGAUGCGGAUGACGAAGGAGACGACCGCUUGGAGGAAAAAAGUGACAGUAGUAGCAAGAGGAGAAAGAGCCCAGAUUCAGAGGACGAUGAUGAGGACCAGGAGGAUGAGGAGGAUCCUUCGUCCCCAGCUCGCUCUCCGCCCGUUAAAGAGGAGCCCCAAACCGGUGAGGGUUUUUUAGACAUGCAGGGGAGCGUGGCCACACGGGAUUACGUCAGCAAACAGGAGGAGGAGGAAGAAGAUGAGGAAGAAGAGGAAGAGGUGCAAGAAGUGAAGUCAUCCCACUCAACGGAUGCGCAAGAUGAGCGACGCCGGCGGGAGCAAGAAGAGUCAGCCGCGGCAGCUGCUGCUGUGGAGACUGUGACGGCCAUGACAGCAGUUCCCCCAGAACCAAUGGAGCUGCAACCACUGCAUGUGGACGACAAAUCAGUGCUCCUGAUGGAAGCAGAAAACGCCCACCAGCACCCUGACUUCAAGGAUGAUUUGUCACACCAUCCGCACGCGCACCAUCACCACAGCAGUGAGCUCGACCUGGAAACAGUUCAGGCGGUCCAGUCACUCACACAAGGUGAGGCCCAAGAAGAAGAACCAGAGCAUCAUGGGGCCUAUCAGGACUGUGAGGAAACCCUGGCAGCGUGUCGGACAUUGCAGAGUUACAGCCACACUGAUGGAGAAGAGGAUGGUCUUGCUUUGGAAGAAUGCGGUCAGUCCCAGCACAGCAGCCCCCUUCCCAACCCACCCAUGCCCCCCUUGCCCAACCAAUCUGUGCGCUCCGUCAACAGCCCUGGAAUGACCCCGGGACCUCUGGAGACUGGGCCAGGAGUUCAAGGCCCUACAGGUGCGGGAGGGAGCACUGGAGGGGGUUAUACCCAAAUCACCCCUGAGCAUCCUGGCUCUUUGUCAGCUCCCUCCCUACAAAACAUGGAGACCUCACCCAUGAUGGAUGUACCAUCAGUGUCUGACCAUUCUCAGCAGGUGGUGGACAGUGGUUUCAGUGACCUGGGUAGUAUUGAAAGCACUACGGAAAACUAUGACAAUCCCAGCAGCUAUGACUCCACCAUGGGUGGUAACGGAGGGGGCAAUGGCGGGAACGGAGGAGGUAUGUCGGCUGUGGCAGCUGCAGCCGCAGCAGCCUCCUCAUCAUCAUCAGCAUCUUCAUCCUCCAGCUCAGCCACGUCGUCCUCCUCAUCAUCACAGGCCAGUAGCUGCUCGUUUGUCUCAACGGCCGGACUGACGUCAUCCAGUGUUGCUGUCGGCUCACAGCUGGGUAUGGGCAGUUGUAGCCUCAUCCAGCCAGCUGGGCCGGGACCCAACAGUGGUCCUGGUGCCAACAACAGCAGUGUCCCACAGCCUCCACCCCCACCCCCUCCACCCUCUUCCAACACGUCUAGCUGUGGCAUCAAGUCGCCCCAAAACUGCGUCAUAGAAAGGCCCCCCAGCGCCAGCCAACAGCAGCAGCAGCAGAAGAAGGUUCCACAGCAGCAGCAGCAGCAGCAGCAAGCUCCAAACCCACAGCCUCAGCCUCCACCGUCAGUCCCUCCACCACCUCCGCAACAGCAGCAGCCGCUGUCCCAGUGUAGCAUGGGAAACGGCUUUGCCUCCACACCAAUGAUCAUGGAAAUCCCUGAGAGUGCCAGCAGUGGUGGGGGAGGGCGUAGCCUCUACGAGCGAAUGGGGCAGGACUUUGGUGCAGGGGGCUAUAGCCAACCCUCUGCUACCUUCAGCCUGGCCAAGCUCCAGCAGCUCACCAACACUAUAAUGGACCCUCAUGCCAUGCCUUACUCUCAUUCUGCGGCAGUCACUUCUUAUGCCACUAGCGUCUCGCUGUCUAACCCUGGCCUGGCACAACUUGCCUCCUCUCCUCACCCACCUAUACCCCAGGCCCAGGCCACAAUGACUCCACCUCCCAACCUGAGCUCUGGGUCCAUGAACUUAGGCUCUCCGCUGCUGCAGUGCAACAUGCCCCCUGGGACCAACCUGGGCUUGCCUCCUCCACCCCACACUCAGAGGCUUCAAGGCCAGAUGACCUCAGUAAAAGGCCCCAUCUCCAUCCGCUCCAAGGCCUCACAGCUGCCUGCUGGUUCUCCGCACCAGCAGCAACUAUACGGGCGUAGCUCAGGUGCAGUGCCCAUGCAGGGUUCCCCUCGAACGCUGGCAGUCCAGCGUGGCAUGAUGCCCAAUCUCAUGCCAACACCGGCUCCCUAUAACACCAUGAACAUGAACCCGCUCAAUGCCGCAAUGUCCGCUGGCUACCGUAUGCCACAACCCAUGAUGAACAGUGGUUACCAUGGCAACCCGACUUACAUGAACCAGCCGGGACAGUAUCCAAUGCAGAUGCAAAUGGGCAUGAUAGGACAGCAGGCGUAUCCGCAACAGCCUAUGCAGCCCAAUCACCAUGGUAACAUGAUGUACACAGGACCCUCCCACCACAGUUACGCAGGAGUCCCUAAACAGUCACCUUACAUGAGCAGAUGAGCAUUGUAGACAGAGGACGGGGGAAAAAAAAAAAAAAAGCGAGAGAGAGAGGGAGAGUGACGGGAGGGCUAAAAGACAUUCCCCGCAGGACUCCUCGCGUCUCUGCUACUGUAUUACACGUCUAACCCAAAGCCUGUGCAAGUGGGAGGGCAAGCUAGCGAGGAGGAGAAUCGGACUGAGGUUUCAAUUUUUUUUUUUUUUGUAUGUCAAUGUUUUAGUUCUGUUUCCUCAUUCACGUUCCAAAGCAGGCUGUGUGGGGAUAAGAGCUGAUGAAACCGGAGAAGGAGGAAACGUAAGAAUGGACCUUUGCUGAUCAAGGCUCUGACCAGAACUCCCGUAUACUUGUUCCUUGCUGCCGUUGCUGGACUGACAAGGGGUUCAACCCCUAAAAUGUUCGCCAUUCACAAGACAAAGGUGGAGACAUCUGUGAAGCUGUGUUGGAACAGGCCCAAACAUGUCAAACUGAAAAGAACAUUAUAAUGGUUAGCAAACUUAAUAGACCAUGCACACAA